CAUUCAGAGCGGUCAACACCGCCGCAGAAAUCAUCCUCCCGCGUCAGCCGAAGUAUCUUCACCGCUUUUAAACGUGCAGACACACAGUCGCUAUUUAAAUGCUGCAUAUUUGCUGUUUGGUCUAGAUAAUUAUAUACUGGGUAAAGGCAGAGGAAAUUCCGUCUGUUUUCAUGCUAAUAACUUGCGGAAUUAUUUUUGGGGAUUACUAAUACCGUGUUUUAUUUGGCUACUACUAAUUUUUCAUCAGUAUCUCCCCAUUCAAUAUGGCAGACGAUAAUUUCUUCCGUCACAAACAUUUGUUUAUUUUUCUGAAGCAGUGGGAUGUGGACUGCGAUGGCGUGCUCAGUUCCGAGGAUUUUGAUCUGUUAGCCCAAAGGUUUGCGGUCUAUCAAAGACAUGGAAAAUUCGAAAAAGAUGUCGUGGAUCGAUGGCGACAAAUUGUGGGCGGAUGGUGGUCCAAUUUUACCGGCGCCGCUGACGCUAAUCAAGACAAAUCCAUCACUUUCGAGGAAUGGCUGGCCUUCUUCAACAAUUUAGCCCAGACGACGAAAUCCCAUACCGAACUACCUGAUUUCCUCAAAAUGUACCUCAAGAUCUCCUUCACAUACAUCGAUUUUAACAAAGACGGAAUGUUUGAUAUCCGCGAUUACCGCAUGUUGCUAGCGUCAUCCAACGGAGAUCUGAGACGAGCGGAUGCGGCAUUCGAUUCCAUGCUUACGGAAGCUGAAAAGAAAAAGGGCACUUUGAGCAGUGACCGGUAUUACGAGCUUAUGUACGACUUUUGGACCAGCAAAAAUCCUAAUUCGCCAGGCCGAUAUAUUUGCGGCAUCUAUGAUUAUUUGCCUAAAGAGAAACUGGACCAUUAUCACCAGUUGCUGACAGGCAAAUAAGCCAAGUUUAUUAUUUUUGUUCGCAAAUUUUUCUGUACGAUUAUUUCACCGUUUUUCUUAUCCUCGUUGAAUUUUUUAACAUUAUGAUUAUUAUUUCAGUGUAUCACUAAUUUUGAUGUUUUUUAAUACUCAUGCAAUUAAACCAUAAUUAUGUUAUGCUUAAUCUGUAGCAUAAUCUGUAUGCAUCACCAAAUGUGCCUUUUUAACUAGAAUUAGUACAACUAAAAUCGAACUUGUUAACGUUUAGAAUAA